AGGCUUUUCUGUGCCGUAGAACUCUCCAGUGGGAUAUUUAAUGCCUUUUAAAGUAUUCUGAGGCUUUUCAGAGAGAUCUUAAGUGCAAAUUGGUCCUGCUGUAAAGCUCUAAUCCGGUGAAUUGAAAAUGAGUUUGGAUAUUUGAGGAGACUACUCUGCCGAUUUUUUGGUAAUUUUCUGUACUAAACGCAAAUGCAACUAUAUCGGUGCUGAACGUGAUUUAUCUGAAAUUUGUGUGUAUUCCCCCCCUACCUGGUGCUUCUGAUGUUCGUUUCUGAAACUUGUGUAUGCUUUCUGCUAUCUUUGCUUUGACUGACCUUGUUCAGUGGAAUCCUUUGUUUUAUUGGUACUUCCAAAUCUUGCGUAACAUCUGCCAGUGCUAUAGAAAUACAUAAUGUAGUUAGGGUUUUGGAUGGCUAUCUUGCUUUCUGUUUGUUUUCUUCUUUUUAGAACUAAGAGACUGAGAUUAACCCUUUUUUUCCCCUCUCCUUCUAAUUCAACAGAUGCAGUUUAUGUUGCUUUUUAGUCGCCAGGGGAAACUAAGACUCCAGAAGUGGUAUGUCCCAUUAUCUGACAAAGAAAAGAAGAAAAUCACAAGAGAACUUGUUCAAACAGUAUUAGCCCGCAAACCGAAAAUGUGCAGCUUCCUGGAAUGGAGAGACCUGAAGAUUGUCUACAAAAGAUAUGCAAGCCUCUAUUUCUGCUGUGCUAUUGAAGAUCAGGACAAUGAACUAAUAACUCUGGAAAUAAUUCAUCGCUAUGUAGAACUUCUUGACAAGUAUUUUGGCAGUGUAUGUGAACUUGAUAUAAUCUUCAAUUUUGAAAAAGCCUAUUUCAUUCUGGACGAGUUCCUUUUAGGAGGGGAGGUGCAGGAGACUUCUAAGAAAAAUGUUCUCAAAGCCAUUGAACAGGCAGAUCUCUUACAGGAGGAAACUAGCAGUAUGUUCUAUGCAAAAGAGGGGCUCU